AUGGCACUCCCGGUGAAGAAUCUAGGUAUUCCGGGAGCGUUUGAGGCGACUUGUGGUAUUCAAGAACCCACAACAAGUGCUAACAACUUCGAAAUCAAGCCCGCCUUGAUUAAUUUGGUGCAAAGCCACCCCUUUUGCGGGAAGAGUAACGAAUCACCUCAUGAGCAUCUCAAGAAAUUCGAGUACUAUUGUGACACAAUAAAGCAUAAUGGUGUUACAUCGGACUACGUGAGGUUGACAUUGUUUCGUUUUUCUCUCCUUGGGAGGGCGAGUGAUUGGCUUGACAAGGAGGUCAAGCCCAAGUCACUCCACACUUGGAACGAGGUGACUAGUGCAUUCUUGCACAAGUUUUACUCGCAUGGGAAGACGGCGGAAAUUCGCCACAAGAUCCAAUCCUUUGAGCAAAGGCGAGACGAGUCACUCUUCGAGGCUUGGGAUCGCUUUAAAGAGUACCAAAGGGAAUGCCCCCAUCACGGGAUUCCUAAAUGGUUGUUUCUUCAAACAUUCUACUUGGGGUUGAGCCCGAGUUCAAAGACAAGCCUUGAUGCGGGCGCGGGAGGCCCUAUCAUGAACAAAACUGAAGACCAAAUUGAGGAGAUCAUUGAGGAUGUGGUCCAAAAUUAUCAAUCAUGGCACGUAGGUGCAAGGGACUAUGAUGGUAAGGGAAAGAAUGAUGAUGGCAAAGGUUCGGUCUAUGCAAUGGAGCAAGCUAGGAUCAUUGAAAAGCUUAUCUCGCGGUUGGAGAAGCUUGAAAGCACACCGAGCCAACCACCAUCACCAUCUACAAUUCCACCUCCCUCGGCCACUCUUCUCACCAAGGGGAAGGGCAAGGUAAGAUCCUAUGACACAAUGCCUCCGGGCACUUCUUUUUGUGACAAUUGCCAUGAUUAUGGUCACUUCCCCAAUGCAUGUCCCCUAGUUCAAAUUGUGUCUUUUGUGGAUUUUGGCCCUUCGUAUGAAGAUAACUUUGAGUUGGAAUAUGCCAAUGCUAUGAAUGAGAGACCUAGGUAUGAUAACCCCAAUGGUCAAAAUUUUUCUAGGCAAGCACCUAGAGGGUCCCCUAUGUAUGGAUCCCACCAAGGCUACGGCCAAGGAAUCAAAAAGAAUGUUGAGUUUGAGGAUGGAUUCAAGCAAUCCAAUACUCAUAUGAGAAUGAUUGAGACCCAAUUAGCUCAACUCGCUAAUACCUUAAAGGAACAACAAGUGCAUACUAGUCUCCCACCCCAAGGUCAACCUCCUAAGAAAAUAUAUGCAAUCACGACACGGAGUGGGAAGACUUUAGAUGAUGUUCCUAGAGCUAAUGAGGUUUCUAAGUCCAAUGGGAAGGAUCAAGAGGGAGUCGUUGAGUCUAGAGACAAUGAUGUGGUAGAAGAGGAGCCUCCCACCGAUAAUGUGGGUGAUACCCCUAUACCAAAAGGGGCAACUCUUCUACCUCUCCCCACUCCUAAACUCCCCUAUCCUCAAAGAUUUUUAGGCAAAUUAUUGGAUGAUCAGUUUUCUAAGUUUCUUGAUGUGAUUAGCAAGUUGCAUGUCACAUUAUCUCUCACCGAGGCACUCAAACAAAUGCCCCACUAUUCUAGAUUCAUGAGAGAUGUUCUUCGUGGAAAGAGAGGUUGUGAACCGAAAGAGACCGUGCAACUCACGGAGAGUUGUAGCGCUCUAAUUCAGCACUCCUUUCCCCCAAAACUCAAUGAUCCCGGGAGUUUUUCUAUCCCUUGUAGCAUUCAAAAGCUCAAAUUUGAGAAUGCUCUUUGUGAUUUGGGGGCAAGUGUGAGCAUCUUGCCAUAUAAGAUCUAUGAGAAGCUCAAUCUAGGUGAUCUCUCUCCUACCGCUAUGUCAUUGCAACUAGCCGAUCGAUCGCUUACUUUCCUUGUUGACUUCCUUGUCUUGGACAUCGAUGAGGAUGCCCGUACUCCCAUUAUCUUGGGGAGGCCAUUUUUGGCCACCGCGGGUGCUCUUAUUGAUGUGCAAGGGGGACUAAUCACCUUGAAAGCGGGAGAUUCAAAAGCUAGCUUCAAGCUUCCCCUUGGUGAAGGGUGUUUUGCAAAGAUGAAAACUUGUAUGAAGGUAGAAACUAUUGCUUGUAUUGAGAGCUAUUGCUCACAUGCUAACCCUUCUAACAACUUUCGUGUUUCUAAGUGUGAUAAUGAGCCUUCUAGGUUUGGUGGCGGAUUGUUUAGUUGGCACCUUAUGAAUAGUGAUGUCGGUACAUUGUUUGUGCCCAUGGGGAAAAAAAAAACUUUUUGA